UGCUCGCUGUCAGGUUGCUGUCUGUUUUCUGUGAUCCUUUCAGGGCCACAAAUAUCUAAGUAUGCUAUUUGAAAAAUGUAAGACGUGGAUCUGCUGCACAAACUACAGGUCGUGUGGCUACAGAUUCAUACAGUAAAGACAACAAUAUUUCGCAAGUGGAGCUUAUCAGCUCUAAACCAACAAUGACUCAGCUGACUGACCUUUGUCCUCUCAGGUGUGAGGGAGGCUAACUAGUGUCUCUGGGUAACAUCGGCCAUGUCUCUCAGGGAAGAAACAAUGUUUUUGCUGGUAGUUGUUGUUUUUGUCAGCUGCUCUUUAAUGUCGGCCGCUGGUCAAACAGAGUCCACAGUCCUGGACUCCUCGUACGUUGCUGCUGUUUAUGAGCACAACUUGAUCCUGAACCCGGACCCUCGGGUCCCUCUGUCCCGCCUCGCUGCCCUGGAGCACAUGCAGAAAAACCUGGAUAUCUACGAGGAGCAGGCUGCCCGGGCCGCUCAGCAGGGUGCCCAGAUCCUGGUGUUUCCAGAAGAUGGUCUUCAUGGUUACAACUUCAGCCGUUCGUCCAUCUUUGGCUACCUAGAAACCGUUCCUGACCCCCAGCAGGAGAGCUGGAACCCCUGCACAGAACCGGACAAACACAACAACACUGAGGUUCUCCAGCGGUUGAGCUGUAUGGCCCGUCGUUACAACCUCUACCUGGUGGCCAACAUGGCUGACCUGCAGCCUUGCCCUCUGAAGACCGACCCCUCCUCCUCCUGUCCCCCUGAUGGACGCUGGCAGUUCAACACCAACGUGGUUUUCAGGUCAGAUGGCCUGCUGGUGGCACGCUAUCAUAAACAAAACCUUUUCUUUGAGGAGUCCUUUGACACGCCGCCGCAACCUGAGAUCAUAACGUUCAAUACGCCUUUUGCUGGGAGGUUUGGUCUCAUCAUCUGCUUUGACAUCCUGUUCCACGAGCCCACAGUUAACCUGGUGGAGAAGGGUGUACGUCAGCUGAUCUUCCCCACGGCCUGGAUGAACACGUUGCCCCUACUGGACUCAGUCCAGUUCCAGCAGGCGUUCAGCUUGGGUGCCAAUGUCACCCUGCUAGCGGCCAACCUUCGUAAAGACAAACUAAGAAUGACAGGAAGUGGUAUCUACACCCCUUUUUCUGCCAUCUACCACCACGCCCAGAAAGGAGACCCAGAGGAGGGCAGGCUGCUGGUGGCCAGGGUGCCAGUGUUAGACCCAGAGUGGGUGGGGCAGAGCGUGGCCACGGAGGAGGAGGGGGUGGUUAGGGGUGAGCCCACAUCAUCUACAGAGUCUGGAUCCUGUCACAAAGACAGCUGUUUGGAUCCUCCUCCUCCUGAAACUGCUGCUUCUGUUCCUCCCUCCUCCACCUUCGUCUCAUCCAUGAUGUGCGACCCAUUUACAUUUGUCCUCUUAAACGAGACAGAGGGCGAAGUCAACGUGUGUAACGGCACCUUUUGCUGCCACCUGCAGUACCGGCGGUUACCACAAGACGGCAGUAAAGAGCUCUACGCAUUGGGAGCAUUUGCUGGAACGCACAUAGUGGACGGACGCUACGCCCUACAGGUGUGUGCACUAGUCCGCUGUGCAGGGUUGGAGGUCAGUUCCUGUGGACAGAAAGUGGAAGAGGCAGAGUCUAAAAUAGACUUCCUGUUGAAGGGGCGGUUUGGGACCAGAUAUGUGUACCCAUCAGUUUUGGCUAGUAAGAUGGUCAUAGAGCAGCCAGAGCAUCUGGAAACAACUGCAGAAGGCAGAGUGACCAUGAGACACUCAAACAUGACCGAUGGGCUGGUCACCGCCUGUCUGUACGGACGAAUGUAUCAACUGGACAAUGAAUAGAUGGGUGUGUCGGGAGAAAAAUAUCAAAUACGUACAAAACAAAUGUUCUGUUCAUAUACAAACUGCAAUAAAUCAAAAACAAAUCUC